GCGGCGGCGGGACCGGCCGCCCCCCCGGGCCCGCGGUGACGGCGGCUCGGCCGCGGCCAUGGGGUGCCUGCAGAGCGUGGCCUGCAAGGCGCGGGUGCGCCGCGAGCAGAUCGUGGUGUCGGACGUGUCGGCCACCAUCGAGCCGGCGGCCACGGCCAUCGAGGAGAGCUCGCCGGUGGUGCUGCGGUACCGCACGCCCUACUUCCGCGCCUCCGCCCGCGUCCUCAUGCCGCCCAUCGCCCGGCGGCACACCUGGGUGGUGGGCUGGAUCCAGGCCUGCAACCACAUGGAGUUCUACAACACCUACAGCGACCUCGGCGUGUCAAGCUGGGAACUGCCCGACCUGCGAGAAGGACGAGUGAAAGCCAUCAGCGAUUCGGAUGGGGUGAGCUACCCCUGGUAUGGAAACACCACAGAAACCGUGACCCUGGUGGGGCCCACUAACAAGAUCUCCAGGUUCUCAGUGAGCAUGAACGACAAUUUCUACCCCAGCGUGACGUGGGCCGUGCCCGUGAGCAACAGCAACGUGCCGCUGCUGACCAGGAUUAAAAGGGACCAGAGCUUUACCACGUGGCUCGUGGCCAUGAACACCACCACCAAGGAGAAGAUCAUCUUGCAGACUAUAAAGUGGAGGAUGCGAGUGGACAUUGAGGUGGACCCCAUGCAGCUGCUGGGGCAGAGGGCACGGCUGGUGGGCAGGACUCAGCAGGAGCAGCCGCGGAUCCUCAGCAGGAUGGAGCCCAUCCCACCCAACGCACUAGUGAAGCCCAACGCCAACGACGCCCAGGUGCUCAUGUGGAGACCCAAGCGAGGGCAGCCCAUCGUGGUGAUACCUCCCAAGUAGGGCGUGCAGGUGAGGACCUGGGUGCCCCCAGCCCGCUGCAGACGAACAGGGCUGCCGAGCCAAAGCAGACCUCUUGGGUUCUCCUGCCUUUGUUGUUGUGGUUGGAAACGUGGCUCCUCCUCGGUCAGAAAUAGAGCCUGGCUGGCACAAGGGCACAGAAGAGGGUUUGCUGAGCUGGAGGAUUUCCCAGGAAGCAGAAUGGAGUACUUGCAGCUGGCACAGAGGCUGUCUGACACAAAGGACUCAUCUUUCCUUGCGGGGCAGCGCGAGGAGCUUGAGUGUGGUUGAACCGUGCCCGUGGCAGAUGCUGCUUCCCACCCGGCCGGAGGCAGAGGCUGUUCCUGCUGGCAGCGGGGGCUGCUGCGGUCCCUUGUCCCUGCCGUGUCCGUACCUAUGCAUUUCAGAUCCGUGAUCCACCCCUGGCCUGCCCGCUGGCACCGGGCGGGAGGGGCGGCAGUGGGGUGGGACCGGGCGGUGCUGCGGCGGGGCAGAGCCCGGUGCUGCCGGUGCCACCGCUCGGGAGGGGUCUUCUGCAGCCCGGGGGGAGCGGGACGCGUUUUGCAUGCAUCUGGGUGUGUUUGGAGUAGUUGUGAGUGUAGGAGAUGCCAUAGCUCUUUUCUGUCUUGGAGUGAGGUCUAGGGGCAGGUUAGAUGUCCUUUUGUUUUAAGGUGCACUAAGUCUUUGCAUUCCUCAGCCUCCCCUCCCGAGUCCCGCUGGCCCUUCUCUUUCGGGAGCAGAAGGGAUUCUCAGCCAGGUGGGAAAAGGGGGCAGUGCUGUUCUCCCAGCCCAGGUGCUCUGUGUGUGGUACCCAAACCAGCCCAGAGGUACCCUGGACUUGCUUCGCUUCACCGCAGACCCCGCUCCCUCGCUAGAAGUUGGGUGCUUGCUCAUUUUCCACGCAAAUGCUGGCUCACGUGGAGGCCUCUUCCCCAGCCACCCAUGGCUACUGGCUGGGCCACCAGUGGAGGGGCCAGCACGCUUUGUGGUACCUCCCCAAGCUCUGUGGAGGGCAGGGAUGUGAGUGGAGGCUGUUCAGGGCAGGCCUGGGUUUGCCUGGGAAAGAGGAGGUGAAUGUGCUGCCUGGGGGCUGCCUCCUGCUGCUGCCGUGCUUGGGAGGGGUCACAGGGGGAUUUAUUUGCCUUUCUCCUCGCUCUUUGCUGCCUGGAUGGCUGGCAUUGGCUGGUCCAUGGGGCAGCACGGUGCUGUGGGAUGCAGCUGGCAGUUCCCAGGAUCUCACCCUGGAGUUGCAGCAGAGGCAUGAACCAUGGCUGUGCUGCUGCUCUGGGUGCUCCAUCGUUCCUGGGCAGGUGGUUAUGGCUUUUGCUGCUUUCUCUGCUCUGUCCUCCCUGGCACGAGCCCUAUAGCUCCUCAGCUCGCAGCCCUGCCUUCUUCACACUGCAGGGAGGUUGUGCUGCCCUGGGGAUGCAGGUCAUUCCUGCUGGGAAGGUCCAGCCUGGGGAGGAGUGCUGGGUGACACUUCCGUGCACCCCAGGCCCUGCCAGCACAGGGGCUCCCGAGGCAUCUUAGACCAAAAAUCCCUGUGAAAUCCCCGUGCUAUUUAUUGCCCUCAGUAGUGUUUGCUGCUGAUCCAGUUCUUUAUUUAUUUUCCCUCUGGGAGCGUUUCCUUUGGACGCCUUGGCACAACAAUUCCGUGUGCCGGGGCCAGCGCUCCUGCUCCUCCCGCCUGGCCUCGCGCUGGGCUGGGAGCCUGCUGCUUUCCGUGCCUGUGUCGGGUUCUGCAGGGGCUACAGCCUCGCUGGGGGGCAGGUUUGGAGGGACAGAGGGCUUUGAGCUUUGGUUUGCUGUGUUUUCUGCAGCAGAGCUCCCACAGGGAGCUUGCUGGUGUGGGAAGAUGUCCUGCUCUUGUGAGACUGUGGUUUUGUCCUGGUGUGGGACCGAUGGCAGCUUUUGCCAUCGCUGAUGUUUUGUUUCUCAAAAAGUGUGUGUGGAGAGGGGUUAGAGACUUGAAAUACAAUUUUCCUUAAGGACUAGGGGAGGAGGGGUAAGUACCUUUUGGUUUGAAGUAAGGCAGGUGUAUACUUUUGACCCAGGGGGACAGAAACAUCUCUGGCAGCAUCAGAGCUAAAAUGCCAGAGGAAGGGGUUCCCCAGUGAACAGGCAGCUCCAAGGUGGGCUUCCUGCUGGGACAGGAUGCUGUGUCCAGAGGCUGUGUGAGCCAGCUCCCCAAAACCCACGGGAAAUGGCUGCAUGCUGUGUCAGCCCAGGGAGCUGCUGUGGCACUGCCAUGGCUCCAGUGUCUGGGAGAGUGGGGACACUGCUGCAGGGAUGCUGUUGAAUUCAGCAUUGCCACCUUUUGGGAUUUGCUGGCCAGUCUGAGCCUUGGCACGUGGCUGAUGCCAUGACACUGAGACAGCAGUAGCUGAAUUUCUAUCCAUGAAUGUCUGCAACAUCCUGGUGCCAGGGUCAGGCUCCAUGCCUGGCUGUAGCCAUGUGCCUGACGCCCCAGGGCUGCCCCAGCCUGCAGGCAGGUGUUGGCUGAGCCCUGGGGCUGUGCCUGUGUUCACCUCUCCAGGCUUCUGCCAGGCUUCCAGUCCCACUCCUCUGACAGCUGGAUUUGAUGCACUUGGUUUGGUGCAUGGGUUGUCUUUGUGGACAUUUCCCCGUUAAAAAAGAAGGGGAAAAAAAAAAAGUUUGCAAAAAUUGUUUUCAAAGAAACACGUGCAAACAGCGUUUACAGAAACGUGCAGGCAUUGUGCGUGUUGGCAAAGGAGGGUGUUCACACCUGGCUGGAGAUGGAGCUCUGGGGCUGUUGGUGCUCAAAGGAAGGAGGGAAGGUGUGGGGAGAGUUCCCAUGUACGAGUCUGAGUUUGGCUCGUUCCUUGUGGCUGGAUGAGCACUCAGACCCCUGGGCUUCACCCCAUGGGAUGCUUUCCCUGUGCCCCCCUUCCCAACCAGCACCCCAUUUUCUCAGGGAGGGGCAGCCCAUGGAAAUGCCCACCCUCACACUCCCUGUGCCCUGAGCCUCGGGGUGCCCCUUCCCCUCCUUCCCAGCCUCGGGUCACUUAUUUAUUUAUCUAUUUAUUUAUUUAAGUUAUUUAUUGGUAUUUAUUGACAACUGGAAGUCGGGGUGGGGGGGCUCAUUUCUGCUGCACAGUGGGGGCAGCUGGGUCUCCCCCAUGCCCAGCCCCUUGCGUUCUGGGGUGCUGCUGGGAGCACCUCUGGGGAGGGAUGCUUGUGGGUCCCCACACUCCCGUGCCCUUUUUGAGAGGGAGGGGAAGCAAGGGGAACCCCACCGUGCCUGCAGGGAGGGCACCCGCUGCUCACCCCCUCCCUGCAGAAGCUUGGAGUCCCUGUGCUCCCUCCCCUGCCCAUCCCUGUUUACUGACCCAGCCUCCUGCUGCUUCUCCCGCUGGAUUUGCUGUUGCCAGCUCCUGGAGAGGGCGGGAGGAGCCAGGAUGGAUGAAUGUCACUAUGGAGAACAGACCAAACCAGGUAUUCUGCUGCCGUGUAGGGAAAAUCAGAGAGAGGAAAGCUGGUUUUGCAGAGUGCCUUAAACACAAAUGACUUUACCGAGUAGGGGGCUUGGACUUCUGUCUCUGGAUGUUAUUACCAACUCAAAAAAUGUUGCAUUUCACUUCUCUGGGAUUAAAACUACUCGAGCUGUAUUGGAGCCAAA